UAUAUGUGUAUAUAUAUAUGUAUAUAUAUAUAUGUAUAUAUAUAUAUAUGUAGAUAUAUCAUACAAACGUUAAUCCACGUACACAAUUAGCUCAAAAUAUUUGCUUUUCUUCUUGGGUAGAAUGUUGCAUGAGUCUUAGAAUAUUGUGAUUAUUUUCUCCCCUCUUUAAUAGCAAACAAAAUGCCUUUUGCUAUUUUCUCUAAUUUGUGGCGUUCCUAAGAGUGUUUCAGAGGUUGUGGGUUCGGUUCUGACGCAGCCUUCCUGUGUGGACUUUGCAUGGUGUCCCUGUGCCUGCCUGCGAGGCUUUGCUUCAGAAAAUGGAUGGCAUUUUUAUGGCUGUGCGCCAUUCCCAUUGGUUCAAUAUGGAGACUUCAAGCAAGCAGGCAAGCAUAUUGAUGAAGCGCCAUAAAAGCCAUUUAUGACGCUUUACGACUUGCUGGAGCGCGUACAGUCAAACUGUGCCUCGCCAUAGUGUACAAAGUCAUGGAGUAGACGUACGUCAGCAGCAGGCGUCCGUGAUGUGGAAAGUUUGGCCAUUGUUGCUGGUGGCCUUGACUUUGGCCUUCUUUACUGAGCCUUGUUUGAUUUUGCACUCUCCCUGCGCUAAUGGCUCAUCUAUACCUGAGGAUUGCGUGUGCGACUUGACGGACGAUUGUGGCGACGAGCGACGCUGUUUCAACUCUCACAAGAGAUGUGACUUUAACGAAGGCUUCUGUGACCUGAUCCAGCCCUCGUCACAAGCGCUUUCUCAAUGGAAGAGAACCACGGCGGUUGCGCUCAUCCGACGCGACCACACCGGCAACCAAUCAGCCUAUUUCCUGUCCCUUGUGCCCGAAAGAGGAGACACUAGCACCGCACAGCUAAUAAGUCCUCAGUUUGGGCCUGCCGACACCUGCCAGAUGAGCUUCUACCAUUACGUCUCGGCCCAGCACGGAGCGCUUCAGGUUCUGAUGGAGAGCGGCCCCCAGGGUCUCGGCACUGUGCUAUGGGAGCAGUCCACUCCAGCCCAAGCGUGGCAGCGAGCUGUUGUCCGCUUUUCCAGCAACAGCACUUUUCGGGUGGUAAUUGGAGGGAGUCUAACAGAGGACAGUGAUGCAGCAGAGGUGCUGGCCAUCGAUGACAUUUCCUUUAGUCCCCACUGUGAGCCAGUCUCGCUUCCGAGUGUGCCCUCGCCUACCAUUGCUUGCCCGCCAUCCUGGUACGCUUGCGAGGGCGCCGGCCCGUGCAUCGAGGCGGACAAAGUGUGCGACUUCACCCGGCAGUGCCCGCACGGUGACGACGAAAGCGACUGCCCUUCGGAAUGCGACUUUGAAGGCGGCUCCUGCGGCUGGUACGAGCUCACCCUCGGUGACGGUUUUGACUGGGUCAGAGGCUCGUCGGCCGAUGUCCCGCCGGAGUAUUACGGUCGCCCGCCUCCUCCGGACCACUCCAGUAACAGCACGGAGGGUCACUUUAUGUUCAUACUGAAGAACAGCAGCAGUCUUUAUCCGAGGGCGGUUCUCAGAGGACCGUGGUUCCAGCAGUCGGCCUCCGGCUGCACCAUGAGCUUCUGGCAUUACAACUCGGGCAUCUCCGUGGGGGCCGCCGACAUGUACCUCCGCAUCCGAGGGGUCCAAAACAACACCGUCAUAUGGAGGACUUUGUACGAGCAGGGCAGCCGCUGGAACCGGGUCAGCCUCCAGUUGGGGCGCAUCACGCGGCCCUUCCAAAUCGCCCUGGCUAAAAUCAGCAUGGGCGUGUUUGACGGCAUCUCGGCGCUGGACGACGUGUCCUUCCACAACUGCUCCAUGCCGGCCGCCGCCGUCCAGUGCCCGCCGCACACGCACUUCCACUGCGCGCGCACCAGAGCGUGCGUUGAUCAGCUGUUGCGCUGCGACCUGGUGGACGACUGCGGCGAUGCUUCGGAUGAAGAGGGCUGCUCCCCCGAGCUGCAGUGCAACUUUGAGGAGGGCCUGUGCAGCUGGAAACAGGAGGCAAACGGCGGCGACGUUUUCGACUGGACCCGCACCCGAGGCCCCACCCCGUCUUUCAACACCGGGCCCUGGAAGGACCACACGCUGGGUACCAGCUACGGCCACUACCUCUACAUGGAGUCUUCCGUCCCCCAAGAGUUCAAGGACACGGCGGUGCUGCUGAGCCGGGCCUUCCAGCCCACCCACGGGCGCGGCGAGGACCCCUUGGACUCCCGCAGCAGCCCCUGCGUGUUCCGCUUCCACUACCACAUGUUUGGCUCGCAUGUGUUCUGCCUCGCCAUCUAUCUGAGGACCACCUCGACGGGUCGCGGCCAGUUGCUGUGGGUCGGCUACGGGGACCAGGGCAACGUUUGGCACAGGAAGACUCUUUACCUCACCAGCGCUCGACCCUUCCAGAUCGUCAUCGAAGGUACAGUCGGAGAUGAUUUCAACGGGGACAUUGCCAUCGAUGACCUCUCCUUCAUGGGCUGCGUCCCGCACCAAGGCGAGCUCCCCGAGGCCAACGCCACGAUCCCGGCGGUGACCACGCCGGCCCCCUCGGUUCAGCCCCACCGUUGCCCCCAAGGCGAGUUUGCGUGCGCUCGGCUCGGCGAGUGCGUCGCCCGUGGCAAAGUGUGCGACUUCCGGCAGGACUGCUCGGACGGUUCCGAUGAAAAUGACUGUGUGGCCGAGGGGUGCGAUUUUGAAGGUGGCAAAACCUGCGGUUGGGAGACCAUCGCCCCGUCCCCGGUCUCCUUGCAGGCGUUCCGCUGGUCACCCGACCAAGGGGAGAGCAUUCACGCCGGAGAGCAGUACCAUCGUCCCGUCACCGACCACACCCUGGGCAGCGCCGAGGGUUGGUACAUGUGCGCCGACAGCUCCAACGGCGGCUACGGCCAAGCCAGCGACCUCCAGACGCCAGUCAUCGCAUCCACCGGGCCGCAUUGCAGGCUGGUCUUCUGGUACCACAUGGGCGGAUUCACCGUGGGCUCCCUGCAACUUUUGCUGAAGCGUGGGAACAUCACGCAUGAGGUUUGGUCUCAGAGCGGUAACCAAGGCAACAAGUGGAGACGAGGUGAAGUGUUCUUGGGGCUGUCAAAUGACUUUCAGGUGGUGUUCCGCGCCAAGCGCGGCAUCAGCUACAUGGGCGACGUGGUGAUCGACGACGUGGGCUUUGUGGACUGCGCCCCUUCGCCGCCCUCGGGAGCGCCCUGCGCCCCCGAGCGCUACGCCUGCGCCAACGGCCGCUGCGUCCCCCGCGACAACCUGUGCGACUUCAUCGACCACUGCGGGGACGACUCGGACGAGGAACCUUACAUCUGCAAAGCUUUCACCGGCCGUUGCGAUUUUGAGUUCGACCUGUGCUCCUGGCGCCAGAGCUCGGACGACGAUUUCGAUUGGCAGAUCAAAGCCGGCGGCACCCCCACCCUUGGUAUGGGCCCGUCCACCGACCACACCCUAAGGGACCCCUCCGGGCACUACCUCUACUUGGAGAGCUCCUUCCCUCAGGCGGCCGGAAAUAGCGCCCGCAUUUCGGGGCCGUUGCUGAGCCGCAGGAGCUCGCAGUGCAAGAUGCGCUUCUUCUUGCACAUGUACGGAGACGGCAUCGGGACGCUGGCCGUGUUCCGGCACAGCCGCCGCGGGGGACUCCACCUCCUCCUCAACUUGACGGGAGACCAGGGCAACUACUGGCAGGUGAGGGAGGUCCCGCUGAGCCACCCCGAGGACUUCCGAGUCACGUUGGAAGGACGGGUUGGGCGGAAUCCCACGGGGGACAUUUGCCUGGACGACGUCACCUUUUCGUCAGGGUGCCUGCUGGCUUCCUCGGACCAGGCCGCUUCUCCUCCUCCUCCUCCUGAAGGUAGGCCCAUUUUCCAAAAGGGAGGCCACGUUGAUUCGAGUUUGUCCUUUCCAGGUGGCUGCGCUCAGGGCUUCCUUCCGUGCGCCAACGGCCGCUGCUUCUCCUCCGAGCGGAGCUGCGACUUCCGAGACGACUGCGGCGACGGCUCGGACGAGGUGCGCUGCGGCACGUCCUGCUCCUUCGAGGACGGCCCGUGCGGCUGGAAGAACUCGCCGGCGGACAAUUUCGACUGGUCGCUGGGAAGCGGCUCGGCGCAGAGCGUACGGCCGCCGUACGACCACACGCUAAACGAUGAGAGCGGUCACUUCUUGUAUCUGGAAGCCACACCGGUGGGACUGAAAGGCGACAAGGCUCACAUCAGCAGUUCUCAGUGGAAGGAGUCCAGCUCCAUCUGCAAGCUCUCCUUCUGGUACUACAUUUCUCACAAGGCCUCGGGAACCAUCCGCCUGCUGGUCAAGACGGAGAACGCCAUGUGGGAGGCGUGGAACAAAACGGGCCACCAGGGGAACGGCUGGAAGAGGGCCGAGGUGGCGCUGAGGAGGCUGAGGAACUUCCGGCUGAUAUUCGAGGGCGUGAGGUGGCGCGACGUCAGCGGGGGCGCCGCUUUGGACGACCUGGAGUUCAAAGACUGCGCCCCGAGUCUGGCUGAGCCAGCGAGCUGUCCCGCCAUCACCGAUUUUGUGUGCGACGGCGGCCGCUGCGUGGAGUCCCACCUUCGGUGCGACGCCAAGCCCGAUUGCGGCGACCGAUCGGACGAGUCGGACUGCGGCGGCGUACUCGCCACGCCGGGAGCGUGUAAUUUCGAGGCGGACGACGGCCGAUGGGAGGAGAGGUGCCAGCUGGCGCAGGACACCGACGACGACUUUGAUUGGCGGAUCGGUCGCGGCAGUGAGCGAGCGGGAACGGGACCCGCUUCUGACCACAGUCCCGGUGGCGCGGGGAGCUUCCUCUACAUCCACUCAGCCGCUCAGCAAAAGGGCCACGUUGCCCGGGUGACCACCGUUGGCGCCUUCCCAGCCAGCGUGGGGCUGUGUCACCUGCGCUUCUGGUACUACAUGCACGGCUCGGAGAGGAUGGGAACGCUGAAGGUGUUCACCGUGGGAGCGAGCGGUGGCACGCCGCUGCUGAUGUGGGCCCUGGCUGGGAACCAAGCCGAGGGCUGGACGUACGCCAGCGUCAUCUUGUCCAACCGGGCGGCUUUUCGAGUGAGCUUCCAGGCGGAGGUGGGCGGAGACAUGUGGACUGACGUAGCCCUGGAUGACAUCACGUACACAGCAGAGUGCGUGACUGGAGCUCCUGUGACUCCGCAGCCUCUCACCUGCAGCUCAGAGCACUUCCAGUGCGUCUUCUCCUCCCAGUGCAUCCCCAGAAGCUGGCGCUGCGACGGCGAGUCCGACUGCUCGGACCGGUCGGACGAAGAGCGUUGCCCCGCCGCCGUACCGGGCACCCUCCCCCCGCAGGUCGGCUGCCCCGCCGCUCGCUUCCGGUGCUCCGACGACGUCUGCCUCCCGGCCAUAUUGCGCUGCGACGGCGUCGCCGACUGCGGCCGCGGCGAGGACGAGCACGAGUGCCCUUUGCUGCAGUGCCGGCCGGGAGAACUGCUGUGCGACGCCUUGUCCUCUUGCAUUCCUGUGGAGAAGCGUUGCGACCGCUUUGCAGACUGUUUGCCUUUCCUGGCAGAUGAGUCCAGUUGUGACGACUGUCCUGCCAUGUUCUGCCUGGGACGAGGUCUGUGCCACGUGGAGGAUCACGGACCUGUUUGCACGUGUAAUCCGGGCUGGACCGGCAACCGCUGUCACGUGAGGGCGAAGCCGGCGCUCUCCACUCCGACGCCGCCCGGGCUCGAGCCCACGCGGCUUGACGCGGUGUACGCCGGCAUUGCCGUCGGGAUGCUGCUGCUGGUGGCUGGCGUGGCCGUCUGCGUCCUGGCUAUGUGCUGUAAGCGGUGGCGUGCCAUGAAGCGCUGCUCGACGGACUACGGGAUGAUGGAUGGCCCCGCCUUCAAGCGCAAGCCAGAGUUGGAGCGCCGUGCAAUCAGGCGCGCCAACGACGGCGGGGCUCUCUCCAUCAGCGUGUACCCUUGGAGGAGGGAGACCGAGAGCUCGUCCAGGAGGCUGUCCUUUGCCAACCCGUUGUACAAUCAUCAUCACGUGAACCCCGAUGAAUAUAGGAGCUCUCGGGCGUAAGCUAAAAAGAAGAUGGACUGUACAUAUGGACGGACGCCUGUUGUGGAUCACUAUGCCAGACAUACAUUGAACUUUUUCCCUCAGGGAAAGGGAACACAUGCAAAGAUCAAUCCAAUUGUGCAGAUUUUGUUUCUCCUUGGUCACGUGUUGCUAGGCAGAAUUCCCAGGGCUUGACCACCAUAAGUGCCCCUAUGAAAAAAGAUGGAUGUACGUAUGUGCUAAUCAUUUUUAAAUGAGGCUCCGGGAAUAACAACACUUGGUAAGUGGAAAAGCAGAAUUUCUCAGGUAACCUUUGCCUUGUGUUAAAUAGUGUAGCAUUGCACAUGAACUGUCAAUUGAUGAUCAACCUUGUGUUUAAUAGAUCAUUUGUUCUGUAUUGAAUUGACAUUUGUCACUUUGUUUUGAUUCUGAUCCGAUUCUCUUGGAAAAACGUUAAGACAGCACAAAUGCAGGGUGACUGCUUUGCAACAGGUGUGGACAACAUUUUCCAAACUCAGCUCAGCUCAGCUCAGCUUAGUGCUCAGCGCAACCCACUGGACAAUAGCGCUUUAUGCACCUUUAUGCCAAGCUUGCACCCUGGUGGCCUUUGUUUUUGCUUUUGGUGUUGUUUUGUCAUCUCUGGUACAUUCGCUAUUCAUGCCGCUGCAUGGCACGUAGCGCAAGCGCUAGCACAAGCGCUGUUUCUGUGUCAUUUGUGGGAUCAGCUCACCCCGUUUGGGCUUUAUCACUCUUUUCCAAACAAUCAAACACAAUUGGGAUGUGUUGGCAA